AUGCAUCACAAUGGUACCCCCCGCGACCUCGGGGACUUCUGGUUCCGCGACACUGCGACGAAUCAGGGCGCCUGGAUCAACUCGACCGCUGAGGAUAUUACGCGUAACCUGCGCACAGAUAAUGCGGGGGCAAACACCAGCCCAAGUGCGUUUGGUAUGAGCGACACGCGCGGGUUUGAGGACCGCACGACGACGUCUAGUGUAGGCGCAGAGGCGCACUAUGUCACGGUCAUUUCGUGGGCGCCGACGUGUACCAGCAACAGACUGAGCGAUCCGAGACACGUUAUGAACAAGCGGCCGCACAGCGGCCUCGGCCUCCCCGCCAAGCCCAUGGGCCCGCCGCAGGGCGGACCCGCGCCGCCGUAUCCCGCGGGUCAACCGCCUCAGCAGCAGUACACGCCGGACCAGCACGCCGCCGCGUGGGCAGCUUACUAUCAGGCCAACCCCCAAGCCGCUCAACAGGCGGGCUAUAGUGGCGGUGGCGCUGCGGCGCAAGCCGACUCUUCCGCAUCCAACCCCUAUGCGAACUACGGAUAUGGUGCCGGCGCUUCCCACGCCCAGGGGUACUCCGGUCAGCAGCAGCAACCGCAGCAGCAGCUUCAGCAGCCGCCGCAGCAAGGCUACCAGAACCAGAACCAGAACCAGAACCAGAACUACAACCAGCAGCCACAGGGCCAUAAUUACCAGCAAGGCUAUGGCCAAGGCGGCUACAACGCGAACGCGGGAUACAACCAGCAGCAGCAAGGCUACGGCAACUGGGGCGGUCAGCAGUCCCCUCCCAGCGCUGGGCAGUACCAGGCGCCUCAGAACCCUACGGCCGGUGGGUACACGCCCCAGAACAACCAGUACUACGGGCAGGGCCAGGGACAGGGGUCGUACUCGCCUUCGCCGAGCACGCCAGGUUUCCGCCCGCCCCAGAACCGUCCUUAUCAACCGCAGCCUGGUGGACCUGGCCCAGGUCCAGGGCGCGGUGGACAGGCGCGUCCGCCCGCAAGCGGUCCUCACCCUCCAGCUGGGGCUUCGCCGGGUGGGCCUGGUGGACCAGGGGCCUUCCCUCCCGCCAAGCGUCCCCGCUUUGACGGACCCGGAGGUGGUCCUGGUGGAGGAGGCGGCAUGGCUCUUCGUCCUCCCAACGCCCGUCCUCCUCCCGGCUACGGCAGUGGUCUCGCACGCCCGAUGAACGACCGCGGCGGUGGCGGCGGCGGGCGCGGUGGUGCGCCUCCUCCGCCGAUCCCCCGCAUAGGUUUUGGCGCGCCUCAGCAGCGUCCGCAGCGUGGCGGUAUGCGCGGCGGUGGCCCGAUGGCCCGAGGCGGUGGUAUGAUGGGCCGCGGGACAUCAAUCCGCCAGCGCGACCAGCGCGAGAUGCGCCCUCCGCGCACGCAGCGCGUCGAGGUUUCUCCUCAGCAGGCGCGGAAGCGCAAGGACAAGGAAGCGAAGGAAGCGCGCACGACCAUGACUGACUUCCGCAUCGUCGGCAUCGAGGUCAAGGGUCUCGACUGGAGCUGGGGACUUGUCGGCGAGCAUGUCGUAGAUGUCAAGGACGAGAAGUCCGACGACAUCAAGUCCGAGACAGAGGUCAAGGAGGAGGUAAAGGAGGACAAGGCCGACGACAAGCCCGAGCCGGAGGCUGCCGUCAAGCCAGAACCCGAGGAAGAGGCUAAGCCCGGGUCUGACGCCCCUGAUAAGGAGGAGGCAACCGACACCACGGACGAGAAGCGCGGCGAAAAGCGCAAGGCUAGAAAGUCAAGCGUGGAUGGUGACGAGGCGCAGUCGCCUAAGAAGCGCUCGUUUAUCCUGACACACAACAAGAUCAACGCGCCUGGUGACGGGCCCUCGCCCGAGUCGAACCAGAACCGCUUCCGCAUCUACUUCGAGUCGCCGCCUGAGCUCGACCGCGUCCCAAAGUCGGCAAGGCGGAACCCUAACAAGCGCUGGCGUCGUGAGUCGACCACUCUGGAGGAGACCGUCGUGGAGGAGACACACGAGGAGGCGCAGGGGCAAGGUGCCGACACGACUGAGGCCGCAACGGCCCAGCAGUUGAAGCACGACAGCGCCACCGACAUGGCCUCGACGGUGGCCAAUGGCAACAAGCCGACCGAGGAGGCUCCAGCUGAGGCUAAAACCGAGGCUCCGGCUGAGGCUAAGACCGAGGCUCCAGCUGAGGCUAAAACCGAGGCUCCGGCUGAGGCUAAGACCGAGGCUCCCUCUGAGCCUACUGAGCCCGCUGCUGCGCCCGCGACUACAGAGCGCACGCCCGAACCUGCGUCAGAGGCAGUUGCUCCUGCUGAGAAGGAGACGCCUGCUAAAGGCGCAGAGGACAAGGAGGAGGCCGGCGAUGUGUCGAUGGUUACGGACGCUGGUACCGUCGAGGGUGCCGAGGGCGAGGGCGAGGAACACGAGCACACCGGCCUGACUGGCGCCGAGGCGUCAGCGGCCGAGGUGGAGGCUGCUCUCGUCGAGUCCGCUCAGAACGCCGCGUCUGCCUAUGGCUCUCGCCAGAAGCCCCGCGCCCGUGGUUGGUCUACGAGCAGUAUCGGCAGCGACGCCGAGACGGACAUUACGGCACUGACUGGUGACGUGGCGCAUCCGUCGGUCAACCGGGUGUCCGUGUUAUACGAGGACAGCACGCGGAGGCUUGUGUUCGACGCCAGCGUGGUGCGGAAGAUCCGCAUAUUCCGGUCCGAGGGUCGCAUCGAGGUGGACGUGCAGCCACCGCAGGCGGCGAAGGAGGCUGAGGCCAAGGAGGGCGACAAGGAGGCUGAGACCGAGACCGAGCUCCCGAAGGGUGUUCUGGUCGAGGCGUACGACUCAGCCGAGCAGCGCUUCAUGGCAAUUUCGCGCGAGAAGCUCGACGCGCUCUGGAAGGACGAAGAGGACAAGUCUCUCCCGCCAUUACACCGUGUGUUCGGCUGCACCACGCCCGCAAAAGAGCCCAUUACCCUCACGGUCUUCCUGAACAAGAAGAAGCCGCUGAGCGAGCCCAAGUGGUGCCGCACCAACCAGGCCGACGAGUGGCUGUACGAGCAGUUUGGCCGGCGCGCAGCCUCCGAGGCGGGCUGGCGCGGAAAGCUCGAGAUCAUGGACCCGGAUGCGCCACCGACGCUCGCCAACAUCCUUGAGACCUGGAAGGGCGGAUCCAACGUUGGUACAGCCGAACAGCGUAACGGCUUCACUACGUCGCUGCUCGCCUCGCCCAACGACCUCCUCGAGAUUCUCAUCCGCCUCACGCGCGGUGACCGCAACCCAACUGCGGCGGUUGGCACGGGGCCGACGAGCGCCAACGGUCCGCUCGCGACGGCAAUCCGCCCUGACUCGCCAUACGCCUCGCACCAGACGCACGUCUCGCUCGCCAUCCUCGCGAUGUACCGACUCACCACCGACUACGCAGAGCAGGCGGGCAAGACGGCGGCUCUCAACGACCAGAUCGCCGACAUUAUUCGCUCUCUGCCCGCGCACAUGAUCCACCGCAGCCUCGAGGGGCUGUACAAGGAGUGGCUCGCCGAACGGCGAGGAUAA